CUGAACGCGCGAGAGGGGGAGCUGAACGAGGAGGCUGAGUUGACAGUGUGACAGACUUACACGGGGACUCGUUGGAUUCAUCGUCGUCCGCUCGCUGUCAGCCACUCAGUCGGUACCGACUGUCACACUGAACGCGGGACCGUUUCAGCCCCGUUAAAACCCGCAGCUCACCGCGCGGAGCCCCCGCACACUCCCGCGGGUUUAGAGGGAGCAGAUAGGACGGCUGCCGCUGCUUCAGGUCCCUGUGUGAUCACGAGAAGAUGGGAUUGAAUUGAGCGGAGCACUGCAAAUAUUUGCCGUUCCCAUCCAGCAGGGGAUCUUCCCUUCAAACCCCUGAAGCUACCUCACGAGACCCACAGCUGGCCUAGCAUCAACCGAACCACCGCCACAAACCUCAGCUAACUUCUACCCACUCAGGAGGAGAUGGAGAACUGACCGGAGACCAGCAGGCAACAGAGGGCAGCUCCUUCGUCCUAGUCCACGUGCAGCCAUGGCGGGGCUCAAACGUCAUCACGAUGGGAAGAUCGCCGGGCUGUAUGACCUGGACAAGACGCUGGGCCGUGGACACUUUGCUGUGGUCAAAUUGGCCCGACACGUUUUCACUGGGGAAAAGGUUGCAGUGAAGGUGAUAGAUAAGACUAAGCUGGACCCGGUGGCGCGGGGGCACCUUUUCCAGGAGGUGCGAUGCAUGAAGAUGGUGCAGCAUCCCAACGUGGUGCGCCUCUACGAGGUCAUCGACACGGCCACCAAGCUCUACCUCAUCCUGGAGCUGGGAGACGGAGGAGACAUGUACGACUGCAUCAUGAAGCACGACGGAGGCCUCACUGAGGAGGUGGCCAAGUGUUACUUCGCCCAAAUAGUCCACGCCAUCUCCUACUGCCACCGGCUGCAUGUGGUGCACAGGGACCUGAAGCCGGAGAACGUAGUGUUCUUCGAGAAGCAGGGUGUCGUCAAGCUCACCGACUUCGGCUUCAGCAACCGGUUUCAGCCCGGGAAAAAGCUCAACACCUCCUGCGGCUCUCUGGCGUACUCUGCUCCCGAAAUACUGCUGGGGGACGAGUACGAUGCUCCUGCUGUGGAUAUCUGGAGUUUGGGGGUGAUCCUCUUCAUGCUGGUCUGUGGCCAGCCCCCCUUCCAGGAGGCUAACGACAGCGAGACGCUCACUAUGAUCAUGGACUGCAAAUACACAGUGCCUCCGCACAUCUCCCAUGCAUGCCGAGAUCUUAUAGCCCAUAUGCUGCAGAGGGACCCCAAGAAACGAGCGACCCUAGACGAGAUCGAGGGCCACAAGUGGCUUCAAGGUGUCGACCCGUCCCCGGCCACCAAGCUGUCCACCCCUCUCGUGUCCCACCGCAGCCUGUCGGAGGAGGAGCAUGGCUCCAUCAUCCAGCGCAUGGUGCUGGGCGGCAUCGCAGACCGAGACACCAUAACUGAGGCUCUGGAGUCGAAUCAGUACAACCACAUCACAGCUACAUACUUCCUGCUGGCUGAGAGGAUGCUGAGGGAGAGGCAAGAGAAGGAGCAGCACAGCCAGACACGAUCGCCCAGCCCCAGCAAGGCCCAGUUCAGGCAAUCCUGGCCCACCAGAGUGGAUGUUCACCAGGAUGUCAGUGACGGGUUGGGGGGUCCGGGUAUCUCGCACCCCGGGGGGCCACAGUCCCCUGCCCGCAGUGCCGAGAGCCUCCACAAAGGCCCAAGGCCCAAAACAGCUCUGCUGGACCUCAGUCAGCGGCAGGAGAACCACACCCCAGCAUCCAGCCAGCAGCAGGCUGCACGACAGAACCUGGAGAGGGGGCUCAGGCCUCUGGGAAAACCACACUCCAACCCCCUCAGGCUGGGCUCUCUGGCCUCAGUGGGCCCUUGCAAACCUCGUAGUCCAAGUCUUUUCAGCGUGGAGGAGGAUGAAGAAGAAGAGGGGGAGGAAGGCAAAGGUUUAUCCCCUUCUGCACUGCCUGCUCAGGUGGUGCUUCGUUGUAAAACCUCCUCCUCAUCAUCCAUGUCUUCUGGUAAUCGGCUGACAUCCCGUAUGAGUGCUCCAGUUCUUAACCAGAUCCAUGAAGAGGAUAAAGAGGAUGAGGAAGAGGAGGAGAGGAGGGAGCUGCAUGGACUCGGCCCGCCCAAACCUAGCCUCAGCCUAAAUCUGAACUCUAGAAUACCAUCCCCGUCAACGCUCAUGUCGUCGCCUAAAACUGUUGAUGUAAUAGCACCGGUUGCCGCUUUCACUCCCAGCUCAGAGACGAGUGACGAGGACACAGAAAGUCACCAUAAACCCGAUCCAGCGACUGUAGAUGGACAAGGGGACGAGAGAGAAGGGAGAAAAGAGGGUAGAGAGAAAAGGGGGUCAGGGCAGGGCAGUCCCUCCCACUGUGCCAGUCCUGGAUCAGGUUCAGGCCAGGGCAAGGGCACAGCCAAAGCUGCCAGCGGCCUGGUGGAAAGCCUAAAGCUGAUGAGCCUGUGCCUGAGCUCCCAGUUCCACAACCUGACAGGGGGAGGAGGGGGAGGCGGUGGCGGCAGCGGCGCCGUUGUUGGGGCAGACACCCAGGACCGUCCCAUGUGGAGGAUGUGCAUGGGCGGCUCCACCGGCAGCCUGGACAAGGUCUCGCUCCUGGGUGGCCCUUCACCCAGGGGGAACCUGCACCACAACCAGCCCCCGCUGGGAGACGCGCUGGCAGACCCGUUGCUGGAGGGCUCCUGCACGGGCACGCUGAGGCUGGGAGAGCUGGACCUGGCCAGGGAGAACCACAGGAACAUGAAGAACCGCGUCCUGCAGAUGCCUCUAAGUGACAAAACUCUGUCCGUCAACAUCCACAGGAGUCCCAAGGAGGGUCUGCUCUGCACCCCCACCCCACACAGCUGCUGCCAGGUCAUCUAGAGCCCUACAGACAGCCGCUCCAUCAGCUGCUCCACACUCCUCCACUCUCAUCCAUUCAUCCCUUAUCAUCUUGCUUUUGUUACAGUCGUGUCACCACUGGCUCAUGAGUUCACGUUAUUUUAGCAUUUUAUGCCGUUUCCUAUUAUUUAACACUUAACGGUGGAUAACUGGGAGAAAGUCCAAAUGCCAACCUUGCACAUUUAGAGACAAAAAGUCUCCGUGGAGGAGACUGGGUGCCAUGCCAAGUAUGUGAAGCACUUUCAGCAGAUUAAACAGAACACUAAAGGGACAUUUUAACCCGCCGGUGUGUUUUAAAUAAAAAUGGAAAUGAAUACAGGAGGUGCUCACAUCCCUACUCUUGCACACUUGUAUAUACUGUAUGUACACAUUUUGUGCACACCCACACACACGAACCUGUAUCACUCUCUGGUAAGCUGACAAGGGAAAGCUGAUGAGUUUUAGUAUCAUGUUACAUGUCGUCUUUUGUUGUACUUGAUGCUGGUUUCUUUUUAAAUAUUAUUUUUUAAAUUAUUUUUUAAGACAAUCAUUUUAUCAGUUUUUUUAUUCUGACUGAAAGAGUGAAGCUAUGACUAUGUUUUCAUUCAAAUGAGGACAAAUAACAGGGUGAAAAUGGACAGCAGCACUUGCGUAUGACGGUGGAACAGUAUUUUUUGUAGUCUAUCACUGUUUUAUUUUUCUAUCUCGAAUGUGCUCUGCAGACUCAGAAAGAAAGCGCACACUCACUGCGCAGUUACAUGGCAGUUUGUACAUAUGUGAAUAACCUCCUAGCAGUACUCUGUACCUGUAGUAUUGACGGUGAAGUUGUAUUGCAGUAGAAACCUGAAUACUAGAUCCUUGUACACCAUUAUUCUUCACUCCUACUGGAUAUUCAAGGUUUUGGUUGAACCCAGAGCUAGAAAUGUGUUAGAUGGCUGAAAAGGAACAUUGAAAUAUAUUUAAAAUCUCCCCUGAAACCAAACAAUAAAUGAUUAUACACGUAAUGGCAGCUCUUUAAAUUCGACGACUGCUGGGUGGAACCUAAACCAUGUACAUCCCGUAGCUUUCCAGGAUCACGGUAGCCACUGUUGUAGCGUAUUCCAAGACAAAACAACAAAGGGGUUUCAAUAGAACAGAACAACACUGCCCCUUCAAGUAUCGGUCUCUGUAACUGGAUGUGUGACCCACCCCUAGUGGAAUAUAUAACUUGACAGUGCAUGUGUUUUGCUGUAGCAACCUUAUUCUUACCCACUGAGGUCAAUCCACCUGAUGUAUCUACCUAAGUAACAGAUUCAAACGGUCACUUUACUGUAGCCUCACAGCAAUACCAGCGACUGCAAAAUGUACAACAAAAAUGGAUGUGCCAUAAAAUUUGUCUUGAGCAUAUUGUACUGUAUGUAUAUGAUAGAGAUAUAUUAAAAUAAAAUGAU